UAAGGCCGCUGCCUCACAGCAACAGCGCAAUCUUCGUAUUCUCGUCCUCACCAGUACUCACUCACUCACUGCAAUUGCCUGGAGGACUCCACCUCGCCAAGCUCACGCAUACAGCCUCUUCCGACUGCCGCUAAACUACUGGAACCAACUCUGCUACGAGUUAGUUGACUAGCAAUGGAGAGAAGACGGGCGCUGCAGGGACUGCUACUUCUGGGUUCGGCUCUAUUGCCGUUCGCGAGCGCCGCCUGCGUCGAAGUGAGUGGGUCUGCCCGCUGCAGUGAGCUCUUUCCCUCCUCCGCAGCACUUGUCAAUACGGACACCCUCGCGAACGCAACAAGCGUGAUAGAUGCGGCGACCUUCGAUGCGUGGGUGGACAGCUCAGCGGAAAACACUCUACUGUCGCUGAACUGUGGCACUUUAAUGGACGAGGCAAAGUCCCACAAGGUGUCCUCUGUUAGAUUCGGGGUGAGCUUUGGCUGUCAACAAGCUUUACAGAGUGGCAGCACCUGCGGUCCGCAGCCAGCCAUCAACGACCCCUCGUUGAAGAAAUUAUGCCAAUCGACCUGCGGCGGGUUCUUGAGCAGCGUGAUAGAAACCGGCGUGAAUACUGGUCUUUGCAGACCAGACCCGACACCAUUGCAAAACUUCCUUGCAUUCAAUGCGACUAUCUGUGGGAGUCUGCCCGCGGACCGUCUGCCCGCGGACCAGACGCCUUGCUUGAGGGCCGUGAAAGCCGAGAUUGAUUUUUGUGGGUAUCCGAAUACGGCCGAAGGACGAGCGCAAGCGCAAGCGCUGUGCCAGACGAACUCCAGUCUUCCUUGUUGCAACGCAAACGAUAGGGUACCACUGAUCGCAGGUCUCUGUGGUGGAGGGCUGUUUGGGAUCAUCGCCAUCGUAUUCUCUGCGUACCAGUACCGGAAUCAGCGGAAUCGACACCGAGUAGACAACGCCGCCAGCAGAGCCAGCAGCAUUCACGCACACAGGGCGGAACUAGGGGCCAGAUCCAGUCACAUGUGGGCGCCUACGGGAGGUCCAUCGUCGGUGUCGCCGGGCGCCUAUGCGGCACCCAAAGAGGAAAUCAAUUCUCCAUACAACAGCAAUUCUCCGCAAGGAUUCGGAUACUCUCAACCGAACGAAUACAGCCGAACACAUCAGGCACCAUCUGGAGCAUAUGGUUAUCAAAAUGGAUACCAGCCUCCAUCAACAGCGGAAGUGAGACAAAGCGGUCUUCCAAGCCCCCGGACACCAACCACUCCUAGUACCCCCAGACAACCAACGCUCGGCAUGGGUGCCACGCGCAAUGGACGACCAGUGUCAACCCGGCAUUCGGUCCGAGUAGACUCAUAUACGGCACAAAGAGAGAGUAGGAUUGCGGGCACACAUCGGGCUAUGGUUUUGGAGAACUAUGAGCCAGCAGGAGCAGAUGAAGUGCGCCUAAGAACGGGAGAUGUGGUACAUGUGCAACGAGUCUUUGACGAUGGCUGGGGAUGGGGUCGAAACACAAGUACAGGACAGGAGGGAGCCUUCCCUACCGUCUGCUUGAACAACUUUUGAGCAGUCAUUUGAGGAGACGUUUGAAUGUGUAAAUAGCGAUGCUCCGUUGUAUACAGUUACAGUAGAGACUUCCCGGAGAAGUAGUUACGGCGUAGAUGCAGCAGGGGCGUAAAUGGUCUUCCCGACUAAGUCUAUAUCUAGUUUCGCGUGGCGAAUAACACCAACGGUUUUGCAUUGAUAAUCUUGGGUGUUCUGGGACUCCGCAACUUCAACAGUGUCGCAAAUGUCACU